GCUGGGCGGGGCAGGAGCGCCCCUCCUUCCCAGCGAGCCGCUGAGCGGAGGCUGCCGGGGCGCGCCUGGCGGAUUGGGGCGCACGGCGCGGAUUCCCUCCUCCUGGACAGGCCGGCAGGGAGGCAGAAAACCCAGGAGACGCCAGGAGCUCAGAGACCCCCUUCCUUGGGGCCAACGUGGCCCGCCAUGUCCAUCAUGGUGGGCUUGGAUGACAGCCGAUCGGAGAGGAUGACGGGCGAUGACAUCAUCCUCCAGACGCGCCAGGUGAUGCAGGGCCUGGAAGCCCUGCGCAGUGAGAACUGGAGCAUCCACCACCAGCUGCAGGAGGCUCUGCUGAAGGAGCGGCAGCUGAUGGACGAGAGGGAGGACUCCCUGGCAGCCGCCGAUGCCCAGGCCCUGGAGCUCCUGGAGGAGAAGCAGGACCUCGUCUGCCGAAGCCUGGAAGGCAUAGAGCUGGGCAUUGCUGAAGGCCAGAUGCUGAUCGCCCUCUCCUCGCACAUCGGGGCGCUGGAGGCCGAGAAGCAGAAGCUGCGGGCCCAGGUGAGGCGCCUGGGCCAGGAGAACCUGUGGCUGAGGGACGAGCUGGCCGGCACCCAGCUGCGGCUGCAGCACAGCGCGGAGGCCGUGGCUCAGCUGGAGGAGGAGAACAAGCACCUGCGCUUCCUGAACCAGCUCAAGCAUUACGAGCCCCAGGAGGAGCAGGUGGAGACGGAGGAAGCCUUUCUCAGCACGGAUGACGGCCAAAGGCCAGAGGGGCAGAGUCCGGGUGCAGCGGCCUUGGCAGCCCAGCAGGGCGGGUACGAGAUCCCAGCACGCCUGCGGACGCUGCACAACCUGGUGAUCCAGUACGCGUCUCAAGGGCGCUAUGAGGUGGCCGUGCCGCUUUGCAAGCAGGCCCUGGAGGACCUGGAGAAGAGCUCCGGGCACAACCACCCAGAUGUGGCCACGAUGCUCAAUAUCCUAGCCCUGGUCUACCGGGAUCAGAACAAGUACAAGGAGGCCACGGAGCUGCUCAAUGACGCCCUGGACAUUCGUGAGCAGGCGCUGGGCACAGAACACCCUUCUGUGGCUGCCACCCUGAACAACUUGUCUGUGCUGUACGGCAAGCGAGGGAAGUACCAAGAAGCCGAGCCUCUGUGCAAGAGAGCCCUGGAGAUCCGAGAGAAGGUGCUGGGCGCCAACCAUCCAGAUGUGGCCAAGCAGCUCAACAACCUGGCUCUCUUGUGCCAAAACCAGGGCAAGUUCGAAGAGGUGGAGCAGUAUUACCAGCGGGCCCUUCGCAUCUACCAGACCCAGCUGGGCCCCAACGACUGCAACGUGGCCAAGACCAAGAAUAACCUGGCCUCGUGUUUUGUGAAGCAGGGAAAGUUCCAGCAGGCUGAGCAGCUGUACAAGGAGAUCCUGUCCCUGCAGGACCAGGAGCCGAGCACCCCCAGGGGUGAUUAUAGCUGGACAGGAGCUGGCAACACCUGGGAAGGGCAGGAGGGGAUGAGGCGCAGUAGCUCCUUCUCUCGCUUCCGGGAGUCCCUCAAACGCAGCAGUGAGAAGCUGGUCUCCAAGCUCCGGGGCCAAGCAGUGGGGCAGCCCAAGGACACUGCAGCCCCCAGGAUGACGCGGGCCACUUCCCUCAACAUGCUGUAUCUGAACGAGGCUGCAACUGUCACAGCCCCAAAGACGCAGCAAACCCCAAGAGAAGCAGCAAGAAUUGGAGCAGAGAACAUUUGCGGCAGUAAAUCACCAAUUUCUCCAAGCACAGCCUGAAGAGGGACCCCUCCUCUUUCCCUCCUGCAGCCCACUCGGAACCUGAGCACCAGCAUCCAGGACCUCACGCACCGCCCCGCCCACUAGGCCCACCGGCCUUCCCUCUCCCUGGGUGGCCUGUGGGUUCCAGCACUUCACCUGGCACUCCCUGGACUGACCGCCACAUGCAUGGAAAGUCUUCCUUGGGGGGGUGGCAAGCGCCCCUCCCAGGUCACAAAGGACUCUUUCUCAGGAAUGGAGCAGCUGCUGCCAUCCCAAAGGAUCACAAGGGGGGGGAGGAAACUUCUCCCCCCGGCUAUUGCCUUAAACUCCUUGGGGCAGGGGCAGCGGCAACAGCAGCCUGCCCCCCACCCCAAUCCCUCUGUGGCUCUUGUGAAGCCAAUCCUUAGUUUAUUUAUGCACCUUAUUUUUCUUUAAAUAAAGUCUGCUGGAAAUGAA